UCGUGAAUUUGUAUAUCAUGUAAUCAUUUUUAUCGCGCCUUUUUUACACUUAUACUGUGGUUUGAUGUAAGCUUUUUAAUGUUAUAAAUAUUAUUUAACGUAAAAAAUAUUGGAUUAGUAAACCGAGUAUCAAUAAGCCAUAUUUUGUAUCUUUUUCCGACGUACAGAUUUUUUAAAUAGAGCGGUUUAGAGUCCGAUCCUGCCGGUUGCCAGACUUGCGACGGCAAUGCCAUAACCUCGCCACCCUGUGCUUCGCCGCCCAUUCCAAAGGAAGUGUUUGUUGGGCGAGCGUCGGGUGAAACUGAACGAUUGAUCCGCCGCAAGUCAAAUUUUAACGUGUUCCACAUCCAGAAAUGUGCCGUACGGUCGGAAAAUGAAACGCAAUGGCAACAGAAACGAUGAACUCUGUUUACAGCAAGGCAAAUCGGAUUUUCAAAAUAAUCCACAAGUUCCGAAAAACAGUCGCUGUUCUUAGUUUAUUGGUUAUUGGAACGUUUGUUUUUCUGUCAUAUACUGAAGUUGGAAUUGAUGGUCUGCACAGUACCCAUCUACAUGUUGAUACCUCGUUGGAAAAUGCGAAGUAUCUUAUCAAUACAACAAAAUGUAGGAUACCAGAUAUUGACCCGUUAAACGAAGACGUAUUGCCUUUCUUUAAGGAGGAAAAAUACGAGAUGUGCUCAAAUAGGCCUCUGCUAACUUACGUACAAAAAUCUGGCCAUGGAGUUAAAUUAAAAGUUAAUGAAACUGUGAUUUAUUUAUAUAGUAGUUGGAAUAUUUCUUGUUGCUAUUCUAAAAUUUUAAGAAGUAACAACGAUGAUAAUGUUUUUCAUUCCAAAUGCAAGACCUUCGUUAAAGAAACGGACAUUACUUACCCAUACAUUAGAGUAAUUUGCAAGAAUAUAUUCCAUAUAGUUUACAAAAAUGUUCAUACAGUAUUCUUUCCCGAUAGGAACAAAACGAAUCAAUCUAGAAGCGAUUCAGAUGCAUACAAGAUAUUUAUGAUCGGUAUUGACAGUGUAUCCAGACUGAAUUUGGAGCGUACGAUGCCGAAAACUUUUAAUCAUUUGGAGAAAAAGUUUAUAAGUUUCCUGGGUUAUAACAAAAUAGGCGACAAUACUUUUCCUAAUCUAAUGGCUAUAUUGAGUGGACGUAGUAUGGACACGCUGGGCACUAUAUGUAACAAGAGUGAGAGUUUUGAUAACUGUGAUAUUAUUUGGAAAACGUACAAAGAAAAUGGGUUUUUAACGGCCUACGGAGAAGACGAGCCUUUGGUUAGCACGUUCAAUUAUUAUAAAAAAGGAUUUAUUAACGCACCUACCGACUUCUACUUAAGGCCUUAUAUGAUAUCCGCCUACAGGUUGCCUAUAAAAUUGAGAUACUCCAUGGCGACCUGUACCGGUUCGGAAAAUACUGCAGAAAGGAUCCUGGCCGCUGCAAAGGAUUUUGCUACCUCGUCGAAAGAUAGUCCUUCAUUCUCGUUGUUCUGGCUAAAUAGUUUCAGCCACGAUAAUGUCAACCUGCCCUUUUCCAUGGAUGCUAAAGUUUUGGAGUUUUUAACAGACACCGAUAUAAUCGAGUCUUUAAACGAUUCAAUAAUAAUUAUAUUUAGCGACCAUGGAUUCAGAUUCGGAGAUAUCAGAUUGACUUAUACCGGGUGGAUGGAGGAACGCUUACCUUUCCUUUAUUUUAAAUUUCCUCAUAUGUUCAAGAAGACCUAUUCGACGUUUUAUAAAAAUUUUCGUUUUAAUGCCAAAAAGAGAUUAGUUACUCCCUUCGACUUUCAUAUUACUCUCCAGAAUAUUUUACAAAUAUGUAAUUCCAGUUUUAGUAUAAAACCCGCUGUGGGUUGCCCUAGAGCGCAAUCUUUAUUUCAAAAGAUUCCGGAAAAUCGUUCUUGCCAAGAUGCCUGCAUUCCAAAGCACUAUUGUACCUGUGACGGUUACUACUACAUUAGCAUAAAAGAACCAGUAGCUUAUUUUAUAGGUAGAUUUGUUGUGAACCAAAUUAACACAAUAAUUUUGAAUUAUCCCGAUGAAGCAGACCUUUGUGCUAAAUUUCGACUAAGGAAAAUUAUUUCCAUAGGAAAGUCUAAGGGAACAGGUGACUUUGUCAACGAAUAUCUCAUCAUUGUAGAGACAUACCCUUACGCCAUGUUUGAAGCUACGGUACAAGGGAAUAGUCAAAGAGGGAGUUUAGAAUUACUAGGAGAUAUUAGCAGACUGAAUAUUUAUAAAAGUUACACUUCGUGCAUUAUUAAAAAUGGCAGUUUAAAAAAAUACUGCUUUUGUGAUGGAUGGUUAACCAAAAUAAAGAGUGGCCUUUGUUACUUAUUUAAUUGUUAAAUAUUGCUUGGUAUAUAUAUAUAUAUAUAUAUAUUUAUUUUUUUAAUAAAUGUUUUUUUG